AUGGAGAUCGCGGUGGGCGCGCUGUCGGGCAAGGUGGAGGCGCUGCCGGGCAAGCUGGGCGAGCUGCUGCAGCAGGAGUACGACCUGCUCUCCGGCGCCCGCGGGGACGUCGCCUUCUUCCAGGCCGAGCUGAGAACCAUGAACGCCGCCGUCGUGCGCUGCGAGGCCCUCGAGGAGCCCGACGUCCAGACCACCGGCUGGAUCGCCCAGGUCCGCGACCUCGCCUUCGACAUCGAGGACUGGGUCGACCUCUUCGCCCACCGCGUCGACGCCGGCGGCACCCACGACGCCACCUCCCACCGGUUCUCCCGCUGGAUCCGCCGGCUCACCACCAUCCCCGACCGCCACGUCAUCGCCACCGAGCUCAAGGAGCUCCGGGCGCGCGUCGUCGAGGUGAGCGAGCUGCGGAAGCGCUACAGCCUCGGCCCGCAGAUGCCGUCUCGUCACGCGCCCGCCGUCGACCCCCGCAUCUUCGCGCUCUACGCCGACAGCGCCGGCCUCGUCGGCAUGGACGGGCCGCGGGACGAGGUGGUGGGGAUGGUGACCGGACAGGGCUCCGGCGGGCUCAAGGUCGUGUCCAUCGUCGGGAUGGCCGGCUCCGGGAAGACGACGCUUGCCAGGGAGGUGUAUAGGUUGGUGAACGCGGGGUUCAAGUGCCGCGCGUCGGUUUCGGUCGGCCGGAGCUCCGACGUCGCCAAGGUGCUCGGCGAUAUGCUAUCCCAAGUGGACGGCGAGGACAGCAGAGGACGAGGUGAUGCUGGCGAUGUGGCUCAGUUGAUUGGGAGACUGAAGCAGCAUCUGCAAGAUAAGAGGUAUCUUGUUAUGAUUGAUGAUUUAUGGAAUGUUCAAACCUGGGGGAUAAUCAAACACUGUUUUCCAGAGAACAAUCUCGGGAGUUGGAUAAUCACUACAACAAGAAUUGAGUCUGUUGCAAAAGCAGCUGCAGGUGCCCAUGUUUACAAGACUUGUCUUCUUAAUGAAGCCGAUGCCGAAACCUUGUUUUCCCAAAGAAUUUUUGGGAGUGUGGGUGGGUGCCCUGCCCAUUUGAAGGAUGUUUCAGCUCAGAUCAUGAGAAAGUGUGGUGGUUUGCCACUCGCUAUAGUGAGCGUGUGUGGCUUAUUAGCCAGCAAGCCACGCACAAGAGAUGAAUUUGAGCGGUCGGGACUGGAAUGGCGGACGAAUUCAGAGCUACAAGGGAUGAAACAGAUCAUCAAACUCAGCUACAGUGAUCUUCCUGCCAAUCUCAAGGCAUGCCUAUUGCACCUAAGCAUAUUUCCUGAGAACCAUGAGAUCGAAAUAGGCGUCUUGCGAGGCGUUGGGUUGCAGAAGGGUUCAUCAAUAAACAGCAUGGCACAAGCAUGGAGGAAACAGCGAGAAACUACAUCAGCGAGCUCAUUGGCAGAAACUUAA